GUAAUAUUUUUUAUAUGUGUGCUUAGUUAUUUACAAACUUUUAUGAAUUUAAACUAAUUAUGACAAAUAUAAAGACUAUAAGAUAAAAUGCAAAUAGUGUUGAAGUUAAAUUUAAAGUUUUGCUUUUAGAGAAAAACACUUUUAAAUUUCAAAGAUAGAGUUUUGGAAUUUCAUAAUAGAGUGUAUUUUUGGAGAUGCUCUGAGAAACACAUAUAUUCACAGAUUUGCCAUUUUUAUUUUUUUAAACAAAUUAAAUAAUAAAGAAGAGAUACAUGAUUAUGAUAUACAAGAUUUAAUUGUGUAUGUAUGUUUUAUUACAGCUGUGGCUAUGUUUCUGUUUCAUCGAACAACUAGGAUAAGACCUGCACCUUGCACAGGAUAAAAUAUUUAUUAAAAAAAUUAUGUUUUUAUAUUGUAAAAUCUGAUGAUUUAUGAAUACAUGUGUUCUUGUGGUUAAUAUAUAUUCAGUAUUUAUGUUUUUUUAGAUAUAUAAUAAUUAACUACCAAUAAAUAUUUGGUACACAUAGAAAAAAUAUCGAAGCCCAAAUCAAAAAUUAAAAUGUGAUAUCAUUGAUACUCCUAUAAUCCCCUAUAUUAAGAGUUGUGAAAAAUUGAUGUUAUUUCUAAGGGAAAACUCAACCGUAUAUAUAUAUAUAUAUAUAUAUUAAGCAUAGGUAGGUUUUCGGAUUGUUUGAAAAGUUAAAAUUAGCAUUAAUUAUCUAGAAACUGUAUUUUAGUUUGAUACAUUGAACCAAUAUUUAUGUAAAUUUUCAAUAACUACCACAAACAUAUUUGGCAAAUUGUUUUAAAUGGUCGAAAUUAUAGACUUGGUGACUUAGUAUAUUAUUAAUUUAUUAUCUUAAAUUAAACUUACCAUAUAGAACUUUUUCAAAAUUUUGUACCAAGCUUAAAAAUUCUGUGGAAGCACUAACUUGGCAGAAAAGUUUCUUAUUUAUUUAAACAGUCUUGUAUAAAACAAUUAGUUUAAACUUACCAAAAGAGUCUGAUUCUAAAAUUGUGUAUCAUGAAAAUUUGGUUCAAAUUUUAGGAUUUUUAUUGUAUUGUACCGAUAAAAAUAGCGGUAGUUUACGAUUGAUCUUCUUUCGGCUCAAUUGAAAUUAGAAAGACCAUUUAAGAGACCUCAAUUAUAGAUAAUCCAAAAUAAAUAGUUGUUUUCUAAUUAAUAUAUUGUAUUGAGAAAUUUAAGAAUAAUAUAUGAUCGAAUUGCUUUUAUAUGUAUACAAUUUUUGUUGGUUUAUAUAAUCAUAUAUAUGUUGGACCGAUACAUUUGGAUAUUUUUUUACUAACAUAUCAUUAAAUAAAAUUUAUAUAUUUUCGAUUUUGAAGUUACACUAAUUUUCAGAAUAUCAUAUUUUUACUUUCUUUUUGACAAUAUAAGAUUAAAAAAUAAAAUACUAAAAAGACAAUCACAAAUUGGAUUAAGCUUAUAAUUUGAAGUAUAGUUUGGUUAUGGACCACAUUAAGACAACAUAAAAUUUUGCAGCCCGACUAUUAUUAUACUUAAGACCCAAAUAUAAAAAGAUAAUAGUAUUAUUUGUUUACCACCAAUACUUUGAAUAUGAUGAAAGUUAGAUUAAAGUGAUAUAUAUCAUUAGCUACUACGAAAGGUCAUUAUUAAUGUUUUUCUAGACGACAAAAAAUAAUUAGACAGGUGACAAAGCUUUUUUUUAAUCUUCAAUAUAAAUUUCAUAAUUUAAGUUCUUUCUUUAGAAUUGUGUUGCAAGAAAAAAUAUUCGAUAUAUAAGUUCGUUUAGUAAUAAAAACAACUUAAUUUAUGUAUUACUCUUUAUAGAAAUUUAUGUAGGCAAGGAAGGCAUGAUAACCGAACAAAAUUCUUCUUUCUUGUUCUCUUAUUAACAAAACAAUUUUGAAUAGCUGCAUCUGUUUGCUAUUUUUUUUCAUCAAAGCGUCUCUUUGCUAUUAAUAAAAAAACAAUACUUAAAAAAAUCAUUACUUUCUGAUUUAUAGCAAAACAUGCAAUACUUAGGCUGUAAUAUAUAACAAAGUUUGAUUUAAAUUGAUGUCCAAGUAAUACAGACUAAGAAUAUAUCUUACACUUUAAAAAAAGUUAUUAUGUUAAAUCACAAUAUAAUUAGGAGAUCGCCAUUUAAAUAAAAUCUAACUUAAUGAGAUCGCCGCGUAUUAAGUUUAUCAUAUCAUAUACAUUUAUGUUUGGAUUAAUGUUCUUUUCCUAGCAAUUGGAUUUUAAACUUACUAAUUUUUCAAUUGAUUCUUAUCAUGCCACGUAAGCCAAAUUGACAUCCUAAUUAAGUGACACCUAAGCAAGAUUCCUUUUUAAUUAAUACAAAUUUAAUGUUAUAACUUUUUAAAUGUUUCUCUAUUAAUAUAUAGGGGAUAACAAUUGGGUUAUAGAUUGUAGACGACUAAAAGAUAUUAUCAAAUAUACCCUUGCUAUCAAAGUUUGGAAUUUUAAAUAUAAAGUUUCCAUAUUUCCAACUUUUCGACUUGUGUAUCAAGCAUAUUUUAUUCUCAUAUAUCUAUAAGAUUAUUAAGGGAGUAUUAUUGAAUUUUUGAUCUAGAAAGGAAAACAUCAUUUAUACCUACAAAAAGUAAAUAUCUUCGAUGUCAUUUUACUGGUUACGUCUCGGUUAAAUUUUGUAUGAACCAAUUUUUCUUUCAAUUUUGCUCGGUUAAAUUAUAAAUACUAAGCCUGCCGGACAUUUUCUUCGGUUUUUCAAUUCUCGGAUAUACAUAACUGUAAUGCCAUAACUACAAUGGCUAGUAAGGUUUUGUGUAGAAGUUUUUCAAGAGAAUAUAAGUAUUAUAACUGUUAUUGAAGACUAACGGAAGAAGAUGUCCGAUUUUAUUUGCUAGUCAACUUUUUCGGAUGUAUAAACUAUCAGAUUAGUUUUCGGAUGUAUAAACUAUCAUCAUAGUUUCUUAUAAAACUUUGUAUGGUCGAGUAUUGUAUAAAAUUUUCUUAUACUGGAUUAUUGUUUCUCAACUUUUAUGUUACCAACGUCGAUAUUGUUUGUCAACUUGUGAUCAUGUUAUUAUCAUCGACUAAUGUUAUUAUCAUCAACUAAUGUUUUUCAUUCGCCAGGUUUUUGUAGACAUAGCUCUGAGUUGUUACGAUCAUGUUCUUAUGCUAAACUAAAGUUUAUAUGUUUUAUAUCAUAUUUCAUAUCACGUAUACAUAUAUUGCCUAGCAAUUGGAUUUGGACAAACAUAUUUUACAACUGAUUUGUAGGAUGACACAUAAGCAAAAUUAACAGCUUAAUUAACUGACACAUAAGCAAAGACGUUUUUUAAUUAGUACAAAAUAUAGGUUAUAACUUUUUAAAUGAUCAUCAAUUAAUAUAUAAGGGAUGUGUUUUCAAUAAUAUCUACAUUAAUAUUAUCUACUUGAAACGGAAAUAAUCUCUAAAACAUCAAAUUAAAAUAAAUUACAAUACCUUUCUCUCUCUUGAAACUUUCCUCCGACCUCUCUCUAAAGUUUCAGUAAAUCGAGCUUGUCUUUGGUGGCCGGCGGCUUACGCCGCCGGUUAUCAACUUUUGUCUUUUGUUUUUUGUAUGUAUAUAUCUUCGAUCGUUUGAUCGAACUCUGUUUUCCGGUUAGCGGAUCUUCUUCUUCGCAAGGCGACUUUUGGUGUGUUCAUGUUUCAACCAAAUCGGAGCCGCUUAUCACUCCUAUCAUCUCUCUGUUAUGGUUGAUCCUAAAUAAAGUUCUGAUCUUUUAGAUCAGAGUUCCGAUCUGUUUCGGAUCGGAGUUAAUGGUGGCCCUCCGAGAUUUUAUUCUUCCAUCUCCUUCUUCGUUCUUUGCGACGUAUCCUCUCAAGCUUCAAAGGGAGUAAUAUCGGAGCUUCGUCAGUCCGUCAGUCCUAAGUGGGGCGGUUAAAAGUCCUUGUGUCAGAUGAACCAAGGAGCGGGCUUUGCUUCCCUAGCGGUCAGGAGAAGGCGUUAAUGAUCUGAAGAAGGCGAAAACGGAGGAUCAACCAGAAGUUGGAUCGGAAAAUUUGAAGCAGCGAAAUAAGGGACUCAAAUCGAACUUGGCUUUCACGGCGGAGUUGGUGAUCGGAGAAAAAGCAUCACGGAGGAAAGAGAGAAUCAAUGCAUGGUUGACACGUGUCACAGACGUGGCAAUACAUCUCUUGGAAACGAACACGCAUACUUUAGAGACGGUUUUGAUUUGUUGUAAUUAUCCCUUAAAUGGGCUUAAAUUUUAAUAUUCUGAUCUACUUUGUAAACCUAUUGGACCUUCAUUUCAAUGAAAUGAAAAUGUUGACAAAAAAAAAACACAUCAAAUUAAAACAGAAAUUGUAUUAAAGCUGAGACUAGUAUAAAUGAAAUAAUCAUUAAAUAGUAUAAAUCAAAUGGAAUUUCAAUACUGAUAAUACUACAUUUUUUUAUUAAUUGAUGUUUUAAAAUUAUAGAAAUAGAUUAAGAUAUUUAUUUUUUUCGUUCUAAACUAACAUACCGUUAGUUAUCUAGCAAAUAAAAUAAAAUAAUAAAAAUAAACUGCAUAUACAAAUGUUAUAAAAUAUAAAAGUUAAUAGAUUUUACAUAAAACUUGAAAAUGUCAUCUAAUUUUGAAUAUAUUUUUUAAACGUUAUAUAUUAAAAAAAAAUGGAAAACGUUGCCCAAUAAACAAACUAAUAAAUUCAACUAAAAGCUUCCAGCAUGUGCAUUUUGAAAAUUACCAAUGAGAGCUUUUGAUUGUUGGUAGCUUCAAAUGCAACCAUCCCCAUUUUGUUCCUAUUUAUUUUCACUGCCAGUCUGUAUAUGCACGGUUCCCAAGUUUUUCUUUCAAAUAUUAAUUUUAUUCACUAAAACAAUUUUAUUCUAGAAAAAGGAACUAAAUGUUUCCUCCAGUUAUUCUGUCCAUAUCCAUUUUUACAAUUGUGUUCCUUAAAAUUAAGAAGCUGUUACAAUAAAACCCAAAUCUAAUUUCCCCAUCCUUGUUUUCCAUCUCCUGGAGUAGAGAUAGCUUCCCAUGAAAGUUGCAAUUUCUAAAGUCCGAAUCUGCUUAACAUUGUGUCUAGCUGUCAAAUCAAAUUUCCCUGAUUUUAUAUUAAGAACGUGCAUGAUUCAUCUGAUCAUUUAAAACAUAUAAUAACCAAACCAAAAUUUAAGUCAAAGCCUCGGUGAUCGAAAAAAGAAAACAAAGAAGAAGAUCUAGAGAGAUGGAAGAAGAACUCAAGAACUUCAUCAAGGUUUGGUUUUAUGCAAUCAUCUCUGUAGCUUAUUGCUACUACGUAUCAAGCAGAAUCAAACCUGGUGUUUUACGAUUACUCUCUGUUCUUCCAGUUAUUGCUCUGUUUCUUUUUAUUCCUCUGUUUUUCUCCUCUGUUCACUUCUCUGGAGCCUCAGCCUUUUUCUUCACAUGGCUCGCCAAUUUCAAACUCAUCCUCUUCUCCUUCGACAAAGGUCCUCUUUACCCACUUCCUCAAAACCUCCCCCGGUUCAUCUUCUUCACUUGCUUCCCCAUCAAGCCUCAACAAAACCCUAAAUCACAAAACCAGAUCCCCAAAUGGGUUUUCGCCAUUAAAGUCCUCAUCUUUGGUGUGUUGUUACAUACGUAUGAUUACAAACAACACUUGUCUUUCACUACGCUAUUGGUUAUAUAUUCUCUGCAUAUAUAUUUAGAGCUUGAGAUUCUCUUAAUGCUCGUCAAAGUUUGGGUCUUUAUGUUUCUUGGAUGCGACCUAGAGCCACAGUCCAAUGAACCAUACUUAGCAACAUCUCUUCAAGAUUUCUGGGGUCGCCGGUGGAACCUCAUGGUCCCGGCGAUCCUCCGGCCAGCGGUUUACAACCCGGUGCAGCGACUAGCCGAAUGGAAAAUGAGCUCUGAUCAUGCUAGGUUUCUGGCGGUUUUAGCGACGUUCUUGGUCUCCGGUGCAGUUCAUGAGCUGAUUUUCUAUUAUAUAAACCGGGAGAUGCCUACAGGAGAAAUCACUUGGUUCUUUGUGUUACAUGGAGUUUGCACGGCUGCCGAAGUAGUGGUGAAGAAGAGGACGUUUGUGGGGCGGUGGAAGGUGAGUCCGAUGGUUUCACGACUGCUUACGGUAGGGUUUGUUGUGUUGACCAGUGGAUGGUUGUUUUUCCCUCCUCUUAUAAGGGGUGGCAUGUUUGUGAGACUCCCUAACGAAGCCUUGUUGUUUAUUGAUUCUGUCAAGCACAAGUUCUUUACGUUUGGGUCAUGAUUCAUGGAUGUAUGUGUGUUUUAUUUAUAGCUGGAUUAUCGAAUUGAAUUACUUUGUGGAAUUUCAUAAUACACUAAUUGUGGUUUUAGUUUAGUUGAUCAUCUAAUGUAUACACGUCCUGUCGUGGGAACAUCUCUGGUCUUAAAUUAUCUUAUCUUUUUUUUUUUUAAUCUUAAACUAUCUAAUUGAUGAAAUUUAGUGUCAAACACAUGGAACCUUAUGUUUAAAACGGGCAAUAUCAUUCUAAAUGAAGGAUUAAGCAUCUGAUAACAGAUAUCUUAUUACUCUUAUUCUAGUAGAACAGCCAUAACCUCUUUUAAUACCAGAUCAGUUUCUCUUUGCACCAUCUUUGAGGAAUGGUCUUAACGAGAUGUUUGGUCAUCGAGGAUACUCUGACCUCAAUAAAAGGGUUGGUCCGAAGACAGUAUUUGUAAAUUCAAGAAGAUUGAGACGCACAAUGGAAAAUACUUGCGAAGCAAGUCAGUGAAGAAGUCUUGUUCAGUGAAUGUUUUGUGUUAUCGAGGUAAUGAUUUUGUUCUAAUAAGUAUAUAUCAAGAGACUAAGACCAUCAUUAACUCUAGUCUUUUAAGUGGUGUUAUUAGCUUCGGCUAAGAGACGGUUCUUAACUUUUCUUAGAUUUUAACUAAAAACUGUCUCUUAAAUACUUUCUAUAUUCCCGAAAGUAAGAUUUUCUAAAGUGUUCACGCUUAUUAAGAAUUUAAUAAAUAUUUACAAUUUAAUUUCUCUUUUACUUUAUUAUACACUUUCUAAUAACUUUUCACCAAUGAAAUUUAAUCAAUUCAAAUAUUUUCAUUUAAUGUUUCUUAAAAGUAUAAAAAAGUAUCUUAAACAUAUAGAAAAUCUAUUUUUAUGGAAUAAGUAAAAAAUCUAAAACAUCUUACUAUCGGGAACGGAAGGAGUAAGAGCAUCUGUAUUGGAAGGCCCUUAAGGCAUCCCUUAGGGGAAGGGGGUGGGAACCGAGGAAGAAAGAGAAGGGAAAAGCCCUUAAUUAAGGGUUGUCCCUUACUCUCCUAUGACCAAAAAAAAAAAAA